ACUCAUCCAUCGAAGAGAAGUGCGCCAUUUUGGCUCAAACAAAGUGAGAAACAUUUUUAUCUCGGCUAAAAUACUUAAAAUUAGACGGUUAAAAAUGAUGUGAACAUCUACAGGAUAGCGCGCUGGUUUCCAUUGGUGAAUAUUUAAUGUAAAUGUAACUUUUUAAUAGUUUUACACGGCGUAUAUCUUUAAAUAGUAAUGAUUACAAUCCCCAGCCGAGCUUCAUUUACAGCCAAGCACUCCUAAUCUAUUAUCAACUAAUUUCACCCUUACUAUUAGUUUAAACUGUUGCAAUGGGUGGCUGCUCCGCUCCAAACUGCUCCAACUCAACCAGCAUUGGCAAACAGCUAUUCAGAUUUCCCAAAGACCCUAUUCGUAAGAAAAAGUGGGUAGUGAACUGUCGUCGUGACUUCGAACCAACACCUCAUUCCAGACUCUGCCAGGAUCAUUUUGAGCAGAGCCAGUUUGAGGAGGUAGCCAGGUCUCCAGCCGGGGGUAAAAAGCUGAAGCCCAAUGCCAUCCCUACUCUCUUCAGUGUUGGAGACCCUCCUUACCCUGCAGUAACCACCCCACACAUCCUGCUGCCCCUGAAACCUGAACCAGGAAAGGAGAAGAAAUUUGGGGACCAUGGCUAUGCCAGAUGCAAACCUCUGUCUGGUGCAGUAGAAGAUGAUGCAGAGGGAACAGGCGAGGACCAGCAGUCCUGCACACAGUGUGAAAUCCUCAAGAAACAGCUGGAACAGGAGAUGAAGCACACUGCAAGGCUACAGAAGGAGGCAGAGGAGAUGAAGAAACGUCUUUAUCGUCUGGACCGGAUCGAGAGGGGCCUACAGAACUUUCUGUACGAGGAUCAGAUUCGUGCCCUGUGCCUCACCAAGCGCUCCCGCCGGGCAGUCUGGUCCCCAGAGACCAUCCUGAAGGCCCGCAAGAUCCGCUGUGCAGUCGGCACCAAAGGCUAUGAGUAUUUGAGAGAGCUUGGAUAUCCACUGCCUUCAUACAGGACUCUAUGUAACCGCCUGGAGACUAAGAUCAUGGUGACGACUGACAUGAGCUGUGAAGAGCUGGCAGAGUUGGGACUUGGUCUCGUGACCACCUGUGACAGUCAUACAGAAGGUGUGGGGGACAACGAUGAGGAAGAACUGAUGCGUGUUUUGUCCUGAUCCUGACAGUUUAUGUGACCUGUUGACUUUAACCAAAGGGAGAAUGUUCAUAAUUUACUCGGACAUUUACAGAUUUAUUGUUAAAUAAAAGGAGAUGGACCACUGUG